AUGGUGGCCGCCGCCGCCGCCGCCGCCGCCGGCGACGUUCAAUGCUCUACACAGGACAUCCCUACUCCAAUCACGACUUUUGAUAUGAGAAAGCCAAAAAAGUUUGCUAAAAGAUAUAAGAAGUGUGUUGAAGACAUUCGUGCACCUAUGGACAAAGACACCACUGUGAAAUUUACUUUUGUCAUGGCUGGAGGAAAUGAAGUGGUUGUCCCUGUGACUCCUGAUGAUAAAACAAGGCAGGGAACUUAUGUCAUUAGACUUAUAGAUGGUACUAAAAAUCUUGAUCUAGUGGCUGAUAAGUACCAGAGCUGGUUUAGAGGGAUAGUCACUAGUGGCGGGCAAAUAUAUGAGGUAGAUGAGAAGCUACCUAAGAUCAUGAAGAAGUCUAUGUCACUUUAUACUAGUGGAAUUUACCCCAAAAGUGAGCAAUUUCUCAAUGCAUUUCACACCUUAGCUGGAUAUAGAGGGGAUGUGAAAGACAGCAAGCAGGUGAAGGAGGCAAUCGCCAUUCUCCUUAUCAUAUUCUUCGAAGGCCCUCGGUUUCUUCCCGUGGAAGAGUGGAUGGAGGAUUUGUUGCGUUGGUGUUCCUCCGGAAAGGUUGGUAAGAUAUUUGAGAAGUUGAUCAGUGAUUGGUGUGACGACAGCAUGAAAUUCUAUAAAGGUGUGGCAGGUGCAAGAAAGGUGGUUAUCUCAGACGAUGCUUCUGAUGUGGUACGCAAUGCUGCAGGAGUUCUUCGCAUCAUGUGUCGAUCUAAAUGGGAAAAGUGGGUAGAAGACCACCAGAUUAAGGAGCAAGAAGGCCGAGGUCAAGCUGGUUCAAAAGAGAGGAGCAAAGGCUAUAUUACCCGAGUGAUUGGCUAUUGUGCACGUGUGUCACAUACUUCUUUGUAA